AUGAAAAAUAAAGGAACUCGUGAAGUGUUAAGAGUUUUACAAAAGUUUGUAGCAGAACAUAACCCAAGUACUUUAACAUCAGACCAGGAUUCAGCAUACCUCAGCAAUGAAAUCACAGAUUUUCUCAUUAAGCAUAACAUAACUCACUACACUACUGAAGACCAUAACCAUAACAUACUCAGCAUCAUAAACCGCUUCAUAAGAACGCUCAGAGAUUUAAACCAAGAGCGAGACUUUACCGAAGAAACAAUGAAAUAUUUUCUCGAAGUAUAUAAUUCUUCAACACAUUCUACAACAGGACAUACACCAAAUUCAAUGACACAACAACAAGAAGAAAAGUAUAUACAAAAGAAACGAAGCCAAAAACAAAAUAUCAGAAAUUCAACACAAUUUACCCUCAUUCCUGGAACAAAAGUUCGUGUAGUUCUUGACGACAAACCAUUGACGAAGCAAAGCGAGGAGUGGUUAUUGAAAUACUUGGCUAUAACAUAA